AUGUCGUGUCAUGUAGAUUUGUGUUGUGUGGUGUGUGGAUUAAUUGUGGAGAUGGGUAUAAACAAGUUGCUCCCGUUUCUAAAACCUUUGUCCAAAAGAGUUCACAUUAAAGGCUACUCCUCAUGUGUCGCUGCAAUUGAUGCAAUGUGUUGGAUUCACCGCGCGCUCGUAGCAUCUGCCUCCAAACAUUUGAUUGGUGAAGACUCUAUCGCAUAUCUCAAGUUCAUUUUAUCCAUGCUCAAUCUCUUAAUUUUACAUGGCAUAACUCCAAUUAUGGUAUUCGACGGCAAGGAAUUGCCAGCCAAGGAACAAGAAAAUAAUAAACGUAGGGAACGAAGGCAACAAGCCAAAGAGGAGGCACUCAGAAUGUAUAAAUCUGGCAAGUAUGAUAAGGGUGAGUUUUAUCGUAAGUGUAUACAAGCGAUUACUGUGACUGAUGAGAUAAUUGACAGAGUAAUUGCUACAUGUAAACACUUAAAUGUGCAAGUGAUAAUCGCACCUUUUGAGGCGGAUCCUCAACUCGCUUAUUUAUGCCGCACUGGUGUUGCCAAUAUUGCUGUAUCGGAAGAUUCCGAUCUGCUGGUGUAUGGGUGUCCUAGGGUCUUAUACAAGCUGGGGAAGGAUGGAUAUGCUGAGGAGGUGAACAUAGUCACGAUUUGUCACCUGCCAAGGCAAAUCUCGCCUAGUUAUCCCAGAGGUCCUAAACCCUCAGGCAACAUAGCUAUGCUAAAGGACUUUACCCCUGAAAUGUUUGCUACAAUGUGCAUUCUUUCUGGAUCUGACUACGAUAACAACGCCCACAUCCAUGGUAUGGGCAUUGUUAUGGCAUAUAAAAUUGUCUCUAAGUACAAGAGUAUCGAUGCUAUCAUGGAAUUUCUAGAAACAGACUCUAACUGGAAAGACAAGCUACCACAGCACUUAUCUAUUGAACAAUUGACAGCUAAAUAUCGCACAGCAUUAUGUAUUUUUAUGCACCACUGGGUUUAUGACCCAGAACAAAAACUAAUAUGUAAUAUUUCCGAGAGCAGGCAAAUAGACACACAAUUUACCAGCAGUGAGAUGCAAAAUAUAGGAGACAGUGACCAAGGAUCUGACGUGAUUCAAGUAGCUACAGGUGUAAUCAACUCCAAAAACAAAUGCCCAAGGAAUCUAACGCUUAGAGAUGAUGAAAAACAAAUCAUUGAUUCAGCUAUGGGUGACCCCACUAAAGACAAUUCCAAUGCUAAGAGUAGCAAAGAUAAGGGUAAAGAGGGUGAGAACGGUGAUAAGGGGCCAUCAAGAAAGAGGAUUGGUAUAAAAAAUCUAUUUAAGAGUGUGGAAAGUCACAAAGUCAAGAAGAACAAAACUAACAAAUAG